AUGACAUCGAUUAAAGUCACAUUCUUUGGUUCAUCUACAGCAGGAAAGACCGCCAUUAUCAAACGAUAUAUCAAGCAUUAUUUCCAAGAGAACUAUGAACCGACUAUUGAAGACUCAUACAACACUCAAAUUAGCGUCGAAGGGUUUUCCGUCCACGCAAAAAUUGUCGACACGAGUGGCGAAGAUGAUUUUCAGUUAUUGCGCGAGAGAGAAUUUCUUGACUCGGAUUAUGUCGUCUUUGUCUUCUCACUCUCCGACGAAAUGACGUUCAGACAUGCCCAAGAGAAUAUUGGAAAUUGUUUGUCGUCUGUCAUUAAGAGUGGAAGAACUAAGUAUCCCACUGUCAUCAUCUGUGGAAAUAAGGCAGACUUGAUUGAGAGAAGAAGAGUCGAAGAAGAGGAUAUCACUAAGUUAUAUACCAAAAUAGGGAUGAUAUGUCCGUGUGCAGUGAUUAAUGUCUCCGCCAAGGAAAACACUAACUUGGACAAACUCUUCGACUACUUUGCAACAGGAGUGUCACAGCCAUUCUCAAAUGAAACUGAUCCAAAAACCCCAAGGAGUGGGAGAAUUGUGAAACCAGUCGUUUCUUUAAGUGUACAAGAAAUGCACGAAUUGGGAGAGACUAAAAGAAGAAGUCGUUUUAUUGCUUUCUUCUCACCAAGAAAGAGAGGAAUAAAAUACUAA